CCUUCCUUGGUGUGGAGGUGAGUCAGCCAAGCCUGAAGAUUUAGGAAGAGGAGAAAGCAGAGACAGACAGCUGUCCUGAGAAGCCCUAGGCUUCCAGUUCUCUCUCUCCCAGGGCAGCGCUGAGCACAGGGGAGACCUUGCCGAGCUCCAACCCACGUGGCAUUGCCCAGUUGACUCGACUUUGAGAAGACAUCUUCCUCCAGCUCCAGCGUCCUGCUCUUCGGUCCCCAGGAAAGAGACCCCAGAUGGGAAAGAGCUGCAAGGUGGUGGUUUGCGGCCAAGCCUCAGUUGGGAAAACGUCAGUCUUGGAGCAGGUCCUCUAUGGGAACCAUGUGGUUGGUUCCGAGAUGAUAGAAACCCAGGAGGACAUCUACGUGGGCUCGAUCGAGACGGACCGAGGGGUGCGGGAGCAGGUGCGGUUCUACGACACCCGGGGCCUGCGGGAGGGCGUGGAGCUCCCCAAGCACUGCUUCUCCUGCACGGACGGCUACGUGCUGGUGUACAGCAUCGACAGCAAGGAGUCCUUCCGGAGGGUGGAGCUGCUCAAGAAGGAAAUCGACAAGUGCAAGGAUAAGAAGGAGGUCACCAUUGUGGUUCUGGGCAAUAAGUGCGAUCUGCAGGAGCAGCGACGCGUGGACCACGACGCGGCCCAGCACUGGGCCAAGGGCGAGAAGGUGAAGCUGUGGGAGGUGUCCGUGGCCGACCGCCGGACGCUGAUUGAGCCUUUCACCUACCUGGCCAGCAAGAUGACACAGCCGCAGAGCAAGUCUGCCUUCCCGCUGAGCCGCAAGAACAAGGGCAGCGGUUCCAUGGACGGCUGAAGGCCUGGCCUCCCCUCCCCCCGCCACCUCGCUCCCAUGGCGCAUCCACCCUCUCCUGAGCUCUGGGGUGCUGGCAUGAAGCCUGGUGAAGGGAGGUGCCGAGUGGGUGGGCGGGGGCUUGGCCCCUGGCUGCACCAGGCAGCAUGGCGAGGACCCAGUGCCAGGGAUAGUCGCUGGGGGCAGUGAGGACAUCUGGCCCAUCCCUGCUGCCUGGAGGGGGAGGGCAGCCUUGGGCAGCUGGUCUGAACUCGGGAUUUGCCCAGACCGUGCCCCGGGAGCCCUGCGGACAGGCAGCUACUGGCCAGGUCUCUGCUCCCAAACCACAGGCUAGACAGAGCCCUCGGCAAACACACUCCUUGCCUUGGCAGGGGGCUGCGUGGGCAGCAGGAGGCCUGCAAAGGCCUCACGGGCUCCAACCUCCAUUUGGCCCAUUGUAACCCUUGCCCUGAACCUGGAGGGGAGCGUUCCCUCCACAACAAGAUCGUGGCACUACGUAGCUCCUUCCUCCACCUGUGCCACAGAAUGCCCCGGCCUGUCUCCCCGAAGUUCCUUCCUGCAAGCUGGCGCUGGAGCAGGUGCCCAGCCAGAAGGUGGACUCUGAGCUCCCUGGCUGUGGAGCCGUUCGGCUCCUGACCUAGACCCUUGAACGCAGUGGAGCUGGAGCUACAGGCGAGGGGUGAAGGCAUUCAUCGUCCAGGCCUCUCCGCCCACCAACAGGCACCUGCAACUGGGGAGGUGGAUGGGAGCUCCAAGAUCGCUGGGCUCUUAGCCCCAUGCAUGCUGCACUCACUCCCUGGAGGCUCCGUAGCUGCAACCCUGAAGAUUGGGGGAGCAAGGACUGCCCUGGGUCCCUGCGAACCUUCAUUGUCUGCUGGGCUCCUAGGCCCUCCUGCCCUCCUCAGCUCUUUAACUGCACCUGGCCCCUCUGCAGCAGCAGAAUUGGGGUGCUCGGGUGAGGCCAGGCCGAGCAGAGCUUGGGUUUAGGUUCAUUAAGCUCAUUAGAGCCUCAUCAGUGUCCAAGCAUGUCAGAAAUUUCCCAUGCCGCGAUCCCAGGCCGAAGGCCAGGCCACGCCAUGGUGUCGGGGGUUGUGCCCCUGCCUCUGAUCCCAUUACGGCCUGAGGUGAAGACCCCAGCGUGGGGAGCUCAAUGCAGAAGCCUGGGCGUGGGCCAGCCGCUAGAGGGAGGCCACACACCAGCCAUUUGCAUCGCUCGUUAGGCAGGUGCAGCUCAGCUCAGCCUCAUUGCCGAGGAGCAGUUGGCCCCCGGCAGACACAUUUCCAACCUGCGGCUCUGUCAGGCUGACGCUCUUUGGACGGAACUGGGGGUGGGGGCAGGGGUCAGGUUGCAAAGGUGGCCUCAGCAGGCCAUUAAAAUUGUCAGUUGGCCAAGCACCAAGGGGUUAAUUUUAGAUGGUCCCUAAGCUUCUCCUUGGCCAGGAAUCUGGGACGGGAGGGAAUGUGCUUUGGCUGCUGUGGGGGGUACGACCAGGGCUCACUGGGGUAUCCUAGAUUAGCUCACCCUGCAGCAGGACACGUUCUGGUGCUGGGAAGUGAGGCUGGUGUUUCUUUUUUUAAUGGCUGCAUGGAUGUAAUCUCAUGUCAGAGGCAUGUGGAGCCCCUUCCUCCUGGUCAGCAAGCCGUCAAUAAAUUCAACUCAGCUGCU